CGUGGAACGCUGCACAGUCAGUUAACCGCUCUCUGAAUGCUAAAGGUGAGAGAAGGGACCAUCGUCUCACAGCGUGGAUCCCUGGUUUUGUCCAUUCGCUUUGACUGCCUAAGAAGCAGCCAUGUAUUUUUGGCGUGUGACAUUAAAGCUCAUCUUAUACAACGUGGAAGCAGCAGCCGGAGCGGACCGAACUGGUUUCUCUCUACGCUGAGCGAUCGCAGUUUAAGGAUGAUUUCCAUUUUUUAAGACAGACGAGAUCGCCUUUUGUGAGUCCUGAGAGGAGAGCGGUUGUGCACAUUUGUUGGUGAAGCUUCAUCACUCCACCAUGACCAAAGAGGAGGAAAUCCCAGACUGGGUUGGAGCCAAGGAGUUCUACGACAAGUAUGAGCCCAAGGAGAUCCUGGGCAGGGGAGUAAGCAGCGUGGUGCGCCGCUGUUUAGACAAGCGGACGUCUCAGGAGUACGCGGUGAAGAUCAUCGACAUCACCCCCUCGGACAAGAUGACCCCCCAGCAGAUCGAGGAGAUCCGAGAGGCUACGGUGAAGGAGAUUGACAUCCUGAAGAAGGUCUGCGGGCAGGAAAACAUCAUCCAGCUCAAAGACAGUUAUGAGUCAAAGUCCUUCUAUUUCCUAGUUUUUGACCUAAUGAGAAGAGGUGAACUUUUUGACUACCUGACAGAGAAAGUUACUCUGAGUGAGAAGGAAACCAGAAAGAUCAUGCGAGCUUUGCUGAAGGUGGUCCAGUUUCUUCACAACCAGAACAUCGUCCACAGAGACCUAAAGCCCGAGAACAUCCUUCUAGAUGACAACAUGAACAUCAAGCUCACAGAUUUUGGAUUUGCGGUGCAAAUCGAGCCAGGACAGACGCUCAGAGAGGUGUACGGGACCCCCGUGUACCUCGCUCCUGAGAUCAUCGAGUGCUCCAUGGAUGCCAGUCACACAGGAUACGGGACAGCUGUGGACAUAUGGAGUUCGGGUGUCAUCAUGUACACGCUGCUGGCGGGUUCUCCGCCCUUCUGGCACAGAAAACAGAUGCUGAUGCUGCGGAUGAUUUUAGCAGGAAACUACGACUUCUCCUCUCCCGAGUGGGAGGACCGCUCAGACACAGUUAAAGACUUGAUCUCCCGCAUGUUGGUGGUGGAGCCAAGUAAGCGCUUCACUGCUGCUGAUGCUCUCAAUCACCCAUUCUUCUCACAAUAUGUAGUGAACGAAGUCCGACAGUUCAGUCCAUACAGGCGAUUUAAGGUUAUCUGCACUACAGUGCUCGCCACCAUGCGGAUCUACUGCAACUACCGCCGAGCAAAACCCGUCACCAAAGAGGUGAUCCAGAGCGACCCGUACGCCGUCAAACCCAUCCGCAAGCUCAUCGACGCCUGCGCAUUUAAAAUCUACGGCCACUGGGUCAAGAAGGGCCAAACUCAGAACCGAGCGGCGCUUUUCGAGAACACUCCGAAGGCCAUUCUGCUGUCGCUAGCUGCUGAAUCGGACAAGCAGGCCCAGCAAAGUUUGUAGAGUAGAAGGCCUACAAGGACUGGAACACAACUGGACGCUGAUUUUAAGGAAGAACUCAAAUGGGCUGAAGCGUGUUGUGCCCACAAUUUUCUUAACUCUGAAGAAAUAUAUUUAUUUAUGGUGCUAUAGUGCUUUGGACGUUUGGCUUGCUUCCUGCUCUAUUUAAACAGCUGAUGAACAGAAAAGUCUCCUUGCUGCAAACGAGAAUGGCCUCAAGAUAUUUUAUUCAUGUUGUUUUAGAGAAUUUGUCUUGAAAGCAAAACCUGCUCACGGGUUCAGGUGACCUGAGUUAAUGAGCAUAAUUUUUAACUUCUGAACAAAAAUAGAAAAAAAAAAAAACUUAAAACCUAAGCACUUUUAAUGUUUUACUAAAAAUGUCAGUUAAUAAUCCAUUUAAUAUUUUAAAUCCUAGUUCUGUGGGAAUUUAUUGCAUCUUUUGCUAGAAGAUUGAAAUCCAGACAUUUAAUAAACACAGACACAGUUGUAGGAUUUUUGUAUGUUUAUUUAGGUAGUUUUUAGAGUGAGAAUAUUCACACAAAUUUUCACAAACCACAGCACAAGAUGUUCCUCAUCAGUUCUCGUACAGAGGACCAGAACUGACCACAGAACAGUGAGGAUGACUGACUACAACCUAAAAGAGUCAGGUGUGAUCCUCGAUCAUCAGGGAUGGGAACUUUUUAAAAUCACUUGUGCUUGAGAAAAAUCAACAAUAAAAACAUUUAGGUGAGAUUUUCAGAUGAAUGAGCGCCGAGUGAUUACCACAGAUGACAGGAGCUGAUGGUUUUGGUUCUGAUGCUCUGAAAAUUACCACAAAGAAAAGAACAGAUUAAGAAAGAGAAUCUGUACAACAAUGAAACACUUAAACUUUGUUCUGUAAGAAAAGUGGUUUUAACAUGUUUGUCUUAGGGGUCAUCACAUGAAGACUAAAUGCUUUCCAUUAAAAGCAAACUUUUGUUCCCUUUAAACAUCUGUACUCAUUCCUGAGCAGCUGAACAGAGCUGGUUUGGAGCAUCUGUCUAGCAGUCACUAAGCAGAAAUGAGGCGUGGCUUUUGCAUGGUGUCUGACUGUCUCCGGCACAGGUCAGCUGGGGCAGAAUUCGGCCAUGCUUCAAUCGAUCAUAAAUCAUGACUAAUAAUAACUACACGGUAGACAAAAGUACAAACAUACCAUAAUAAGUCAGGGUUCUUUAAGUAUCCAGGUACUGUCCGUGAAUGGAAUUUCACUGUAGCAAUACAUCAAUCUAUAGAUGAGGAAGAAAAAAACAAAAA